AUGUCCGCCGUCAAGAAUCUGCGGGCCAUGUUCGAGCAAAAGCAAGACACGAGCCCGCCAGAUCGCGGAAGGUCGCCAGGACUUUCUUCCAAUGGCACCGAAACCCCUCCUCCGGCUGCAAGGCCACUUUCGAAAAUCCGAACCAGUUUUGUUGCCGUCGAGAAGGACGGUAAAGUAGGACUUCGUCGAGACCCCAGUAACGAAUCUAGCCGCAGCUUGUCUCAGCGACGACUGAGCACCCAUACGGAAGGCGAAGCUUCUGUAUCUGGUCAAUCCGACAAGACCAUGGCUACAGAGGAAACUUCUGGUGGCUACAAGACGAGUGUCGUUGGCGAGACCAUUCCCGAGUCUCCUCGCCGCCCAGACACCGACAAGGCCACAAAUGGAGCUGUGAUCCGCAACCUAGGAGCCUUGACGGACAAGCCCAGCCAUAACCCUGACAAACAUGUUGAUAUCGAGACGCCAACGCCGGAGCUGUUACCCGGCGAUCCAACUUUGAAGACCCCCGCCGAGCCUGCCGUUACCAACGGCGUCGCCGCCGCAAAGCCGGCUGCCAAGGCUAAAGAAGCAGCAAAGACUGCCGCGAAACCUUCAUCAACCCUCGCACCCAUUGCGACUAAGACAAGAUCCAAGACACCGACGAGGUCUCCAACCGCCGUUAAGACGCCCAACCUGCCUCACGCGAGCUCCAGGCUGAGCGCCCCCAAGUCGCAACAUGAGCCGGCUAAGAAAACCCCUGAAAAGUCGGCGACGACUACGGCAAAGGCCGGUGCAAAGGCAACUGGGUCCCACAAGAAGCCUGCGCCCGUGAAUAUCUCUCCUCCCAGCGGCACUGGCUUCGUUAAGCCCAAGCCCAAGUCGCCCACCCGACCGGUGAAGCUGCCUUCCUCAUUGAUGGCCCAAACUGCCGCAUCCGGCUCAAAGGUUAAGGAGACCCCCCGCGAGACUCUCUCGCGUGCCUCUGGCAACCAGGGCCGCCCGGCUAGUAGAGCGAGCGCUGCCGGUGCCGCGCCGGCCACCAAGACUUUGAAGCGUCAGAAGUCGGUUAUCAACCAUCCCAGACCCAGCAUUGGUCCCCCGCCGAAGAAGCCUCUCCAGGACCAUCCCAUCACCAAGAAAGAGAAGGAGGUGGACGAGAACUUCCUGGCACGUAUGAUGCGCCCUACCCAGAGCUCCAGCUCCAAGACAACUGAGAAGGCCCCUGUUACGCCUCCCAGACAUCGGAGCUCCACGCAAGGCAGCGGCAAGCAGUCUUCCGCUUCGAAGAGUCCUAAGAGGACCGCUAAGCCGGCGUCCGCAGUGGCACGCACGGGAAGCCCCAUCUCUAAGAAGGAGGUGCCCAUUAAGCAAGUCGCGCCUGAGACCGCCAAGGUGGAGACGGCGGAGGCUGCCGUUGAUCUUGCUCAGAAGGCCGAGGCACCCAUUGAGGUCAGGCCAGAACCGGUUAAGGCGCCAGUUACUCCAGAACCUAUUGAAGCCAAGAUGGAGGAGCCUUCCCCUGAACAGGUUUCCGAGCCUGAGCCUGUCGCUGCUGCGGAGCGUGCCGAGUCACCUGCGCUCGAGGAACUCACCCAGCAGGCCACGGAGCUGUCUAUCAAGGAGUCGGACAACCACGAGCUCAAGAGCCCCGAUGAGUUUGAGGAGCUCCUGACUGACGAGAAGGAAAUUGGUGAGGAGCACGUGCAGGCUCCUGUUUCUACUGAGGCGACCACAGAAGUCAAGACUGAAACUGCGUAA